AUGACCCUCUUCUUGCCAUGGUUGAUCGCUGCUCUUGCCGCACGUGUAGGUGUUGCGGCACAGCAGGAGACGUGCCAUGAGAGUGAUUCUGAUUGUGUGGGCGCUGCGUCGCGGAGCUUACUACAGCGAAAGCAGAUGGCUGCUGAACAGGCCACGACAGUCGCGGAAGUAGAUCUUGCGACUGCCUUCAGCAAGCUCACCGACGUCGCGAGCCAGCUGAAGGGCGAGGUCGAGCAGCUGAAAGAAGGCCUCGAGGUGGAACAUGCAGAAGUCUUGACCUUGCGCCACAUGCUGUCGGAGUCCAAUGAACAGAAAGUGGACUCAGGCAAGCAUGUCCACGUGCAUGCUGAGACAGAUGAGAAAGAUCAAAGCUUCGAACUCUGCCGAGCCGGUGGAAACACCCUGGGGCAGGUGGAAGUUCAAGACAACCAGAGCCUCUACGAGGGCACGUCCUGCGGUAGCUCAGAGGUCCUCCUCUUCUCGCCGAAGGAUUCUUCUCCGUACUUUGAGACACAGUGCUGCCCUAUCUCAAAGGAACACUGCGCCGGGUGCGCCAAACAGAACUCGGCGAAGACAUCCUGCAGCACGUGCCGCGGUGGCUUCACCCGGACGAGUGCUGGUAACUGCCUUGCCUGCGUGGACCUGCCGUGGGAGAACAAGGCAGGACAGAAUUGUGUCAAGGCAAGCUGUUCUGACGAGAAGUUCAACGGCUUCUCUUCGAACGAGGCUUGCUGCAAAUGUGGAGCGGGGCAGAAGGCCGCCACCAGCUUCGCCUACUACGUCGGCCCGCUGGCCCUGGGCUCCAGCUCUGUGGUGGGGCAUCCGGUUCCCCGCACCGCCAGCCACUACUCGGUGGACAAGGACUGUGAGCUGGCGAAGUAUGGGCUGAUGAUCAACCCUUCCACCGGCGCGCUUGGUCUGAUUUCGGGAUGCAGCACGGUGGGCUGCGGCGCCCAGAAGUCGAUUGAAGUGAGAUGCACGGUGACAGCGGAGCAGGAGGACGGGCUCACCGCGAGCGCGCCCUUGGAAGUCUUGGCCGGUGGUAUCGGCUACGGCUCAGUGCCCGUGGUCCUCCGUGGCACUACCAAGAGCUCAGCGCCGGUAGUGACCUCAACCGGGAGCUCCGGGAGUUACAAGAUCUCGUGCGCACCUUCUGCAAGUAGCUGGCUGAACAUCGACUCGUCUGGCAAACUCGCGCUGAAGUCUGGGCAGUCCACGGGCGCCGGCGGCGUGACCGGCUCGGACGGCAAGAUGGGCGAAGGCGGCGUUUGCUCCGUACAGAAGGGCACGGCCAAGGGCUCGGUCGUGGUGGUCGCACCAACGACGUGGUCGUCCCUGAGCUACAGCUACGGCAGCAGGCUCCUCUACGUCACGGUCGGGGAGAAGUCCCCGAUCCUCUCGCCCACCAAACGAACAGGCGUGAAGCCCACGCGCUUCUCCGCCGACUGCAAGGGCUCCGCGUUCACCUUCGACGUGCUCAGCGGCAUCGCCACCUGGGAAGGACACCAGAUCUUCUCCCUGAACACGGCCACGGGGGAUCUCCAGCUCAGCCCGGAGGAGCCUUGUGGAACCUGGCCCAGAGUCCUUGACAAAGACGUUGGACUCGAAAUCUGUGGCCUUGGCUGCAAGAAGGUGACCACAGGACACGUCGACCUCUUCGCGUCGAUCGAUUUCGACGGCUUGCACCAUCUUCGGCCACUACGAGUGGGCUCCGACGGGCCAUGGCCCCAUUUUGACCCACCGGCUGAACAUGGAGUUCCGGGACCAUACUUGCUGGGCCUAUCGCAGCCUCAACUUCGCCAGACGCGCGACCAAGGUGGCGUGUGCACAGACUCAUCCAACUUCGCCUGCAAGUACAAGAAUAUCGGUGUCCUGGAGCGCUACCCGGGCUGCGGCGAGCGGAAUGGCUGCAUGCACCUCGAGUUGAAGGGGCACCACUACCUCUCCGGCAGGUACUGCCCUGGCGGUGCCCCCUGGCCCCGUUGA